CAUUCUGUGUCGUCUGCUGAACAACAACGAGGAAAGAAAAAGAAAAAAGCUUGAGUUUACCGGCUUUGAAUUUAAACUAUUUAAAAGUAAUAAAAAUGGACGAGAGUGACUUAGAUAAACCUCAAGACAAUAAAGGGCAAAAAAAGUCUGCCAGGCAACACGAUGGUGGCGCAGCAGAUCUGGAAAAGGUUACCGAUUACGAAGAGGAACGAGUCGUUUUGUCACAAGAUAUAACCGGGGCUAUUAAUAAGAUUGAUAAUCGUCGAAGCAAAGAAGAAGCUGAACGUCAAGCUAAAGAGCGUGAAUUGGCAAAAGUUUCCAUCAAGAAAGAGGAUGUAGAAGUUCUGAUUAAAGAAACUGAAAUUCCUAGAACACGGGCAGAAAGAAUUUUAAGGGAGAACAAGGGUGAUCUGGUGUCAGCUUUGAGACAAGUCAUAAAUUCUUAAUUGAUUUCUUUAAAUACACCAUUAACUUCUAAA